AUGAGCUACAUGAAGAAAGAUGAAGAUGCGGAUCAGGUCAUGAUCAGGCUUGAUCGGACCUCUGUGUUCCAAGACGCUCGACUAUUUAACUCCUCUCCCAUUUCGCCGAGAACAUGCCGCACGCUGUUGACGAAGAUUGCGGUCCUCCUCUUCACUGGGGAGCAAUUCCCGACGAACGAAGCAACCACACUCUUCUUCGGUAUCUCGAAGCUGUUUCAGAACAAGGACCCCUCGCUGCGACAGAUGGUGUAUUUGAUUUUGAAGGAGCUUGCCGGUACUGCGGAGGAUGUUAUCAUGUCGACCAGCAUCAUCAUGAAGGAUACGGCCGUUGGAAGCGACGUUCUCUACCGAGCUAACGCCAUCAGAGCGCUGUGCCGUAUCAUUGAUGGCUCCACUGUACAGGGCAUUGAGCGACUCAUCAAAACCGCCAUUGUCGACAAGACUCCAUCGGUCUCUUCCGCUGCUUUGGUCUCGUCUUACCAUCUCCUCCCCAUCGCCCGCGACGUCGUUCGAAGAUGGCAAAGUGAGACCCAAGAAGCCGCUUCGUCUUCGAAGCAAUCGACUGGAUUCCUGGGAUUCUCAUCCAGCUCCCAAACCCACGCCAUCUCUCAGUCGAACUUUAUGACCCAAUACCACGCAAUUGGUCUCCUUUACCAGAUGCGCUCUCACGAUCGCAUGGCGUUGGUUAAGAUGGUUCAGCAAUACGGCACCGCAGGUGUGGUUAAGAGCCCAGCUGCUCUGGUUCUGCUGGUGCGCCUGGCCGCUAAGCUAGCUGAGGAGGACCCCAGUCUUCGGAAGCCCAUGAUGCAGAUGUUGGAUGGCUGGCUCCGUCACAAGCACGAGAUGGUCAACUUUGAGGCCGCUAAGGCUAUUUGCGAUAUGCGGGAUGUCACCGACGCUGAGGCAUCCCAGGCCGUUCAUGUUCUCCAGCUGUUCCUGUCUUCCCCGCGCUCUAUCACAAAAUUCGCCGCCAUCCGUAUCCUUCACAACUUCGCAACCUUCAAGCCACAUGUCGUCAAUGUCUGCAACCCCGAUAUCGAGUCGCUUAUCUCCAACUCCAACCGGUCUAUCGCCACUUUCGCGAUUACUACCCUUCUCAAGACUGGUAACGAAGCUAGCGUUGACCGCCUUAUGAAGCAGAUCUCAGGCUUCAUGGCCGAUAUCACGGAUGAGUUCAAGAUCACCAUCGUCGAGGCUAUCCGAACGCUAUGCCUUAAAUUCCCGAGCAAGCAGGCUGGUAUGUUGGUGUUCCUGAGUGGCAUCCUGCGUGAUGAGGGUGGAUACGAGUUCAAGCGCACCGUUGUGGAGAGCAUGUUCGACCUGAUCAAAUUCGUCCCUGAGAGCAAAGAGGACGCUCUUGCUCAUCUUUGCGAGUUCAUUGAGGACUGCGAGUUCACCAAGCUGUCCGUCCGCGUGUUGCAUCUGCUUGGUGUUGAGGGCCCCAAAACCUCGCACCCCACCAAGUACAUCCGCUAUAUCUACAAUCGCGUCGUCCUAGAGAACGCCAUUGUUCGUGCCGCUGCCGUCACCGCGUUGGCUAAAUUUGGCGUUGGUCAAUCCGACCCUGAAGUCAAGUCUAGUGUGCAAGUUCUUCUCACCCGUUGUCUCGAUGACACCGAUGACGAGGUUCGUGAUCGUGCCGCACUCAAUCUGCGCUUGAUGGGCGCGGAUGAUGCGAUGGCCGGGUCUUUCAUCAAGAACGACUCGAUGUACUCUCUCUCAACCUUUGAGCACCAACUUGUCAUGUAUGUGACUUCGAACGACAAACAGACCUUUGCUGCUGCUUUCGAUGUCUCCUCCGUCCCCGUUGUCACCCAAGAGCAGGCUCUGGCCGAGGAACGGACCAAGAAGCUCACCUCCGCUACACCCACCCUCAAGGCUCCGUCAGCAGGCCCCACGAAGAGCAAGGCGAACGGCGCGGCCGAGGCAAAUACUGCCGCCGCCACCCAAAAGUAUGCCGAGCAGCUCUUGCAGAUCCCCGAUAUCAAGGAAUAUGGCACCUUGCUUAAAUCUUCCGCUCCUGUUGAGCUCUCUGAGAGCGAAACUGAGUACGUUGUCACGGCCGUCAAGCACAUUUUCAAGGAGAAUGUUGUUGUACAGUAUGAUAUUAAGAACACCCUUCCCGACACCGUUCUUGAGAACGUGACCGUGAUCGCAACUCCAGCGGAAGAGGAUGUUCUGGAGGACGACUUCAUCAUUCCCGCUCCCAAGCUUGCGCCGAAUGAGCCUGGCGUUGUCUACGUUGCAUUCAAGAAGCUUGGUGGCGAGAACAGCGUUCCCGUUACCUCGUUUACCAACAACCUGAAGUUCACCAGCAAGGAAGUUGAUCCUACCACUGGCGAACCGGAGGAUGAAGGUUAUGAGGACGAGUACCAAGUGGAAGACCUCGAUCUCGGCGGCAGUGAUUAUGUCAUUCCUACAUUUGCUGGAAGCUUCGACCACGUUUGGGAGCAGACCGGUGCUAAUGGCGAAGAAGAGAGCGAGACCCUACAGCUCAGCAAUACGAAGAGCAUUGCCAAUGCUACGGAGCAACUGAUCGCUGCUCUAUCCCUUCAACCCCUGGAGGGCACCGACGUUGCCCUGAACAACAGCACCCAUACUCUCAAACUCUUCGGCAAGACUGUCUCGGGUGGCCGGGUAGCCUCUCUUAUCAAGAUGGCCUUCUCGAGCAAGAGUGGUGUCACAACAAAGAUUACUGUCCGGGCAGAAGAGGAGGGCGUUGCUGCUGCGGUGCUUGCAUCUGUCACUUAA